CAAACUUUGAAUCAGAAGCCCGAGUCGUCCCUGCUGAAGCCUUCGGCAAAUUGUUGGUUCGAAGUUGGAAGAAAUUUCUUUGUUCCCUUCUUAGCAACAGGGCGCAGAUAAGAGGAAGCAAAGCAACAUCAUCGCCUUUUCCUGGGAAGUGGGUUUUUGUUUUUCUCUGCACCAAGUUUGCCCCUCGGCAUGGCCUCCAGCACCCUCGCCCUGCGUGGCUGCACCAGCACCUCUCUCCUUGGAGCCUCACAGUGCUCCCAGAAGUCGACCGUGCAGCCGUUUGUCGCUCUCCCCACAAGCAGCAGCAGAAUUGCUAGCAUUGAGGGACUUGUUUCAAAGAGAAGCGCCAGCAGGUUCUCCAUGGCGGUGGCCACAGAGAGGCAGGUUUACAGCACCACUAAGUCGGAUGAGAUCUUCAAGGCCGCCAAGGAGCUGUUGCCCGGUGGCGUCAACUCCCCGGUGCGCGCGUUCAAGUCCGUUGGGGGCCAGCCCAUUGUGUUUGACCGUGUCAAGGGGUCUCACUCGUGGGACGUGGACGGCAACGAGUACGUGGACUAUGUGGGCUCUUGGGGGCCGGCCAUUAUUGGCCACGCAGACGACGAGGUGAUUGCUGCGCUGACGGAGCAGCUGCAGAAGGGCACCAGCUUUGGUGCGCCGUGCGCUCUGGAGAACGUGCUGGCGCAGAUGGUGAUUGACGCGGUGCCCAGCGUGGAGAUGGUGCGCUUUGUCAACAGCGGCACCGAGGCGUGCAUGGGCAUGCUGCGCCUCGCACGCGCCUUCACCGACCGCGAGAAGGUCCUCAAGUUCGAGGGCUGCUACCACGGCCACGCAGACUCGUUCCUGGUGCAAGCCGGCAGCGGUGUCGCCACUUUGGGCCUGCCCGACUCCCCCGGUGUGCCCAAGGCCGCAACGGCAGCCACGCUGGUAGCACAGUACAACGACCUGGAGAGUGUGCGCGAGAUCUUCCGCCAGCACAAGGGCGAGAUCGCGGCGGUGGUGCUGGAGCCAGUGGUGGGCAACUCAGGGUUCAUCAUCCCGGACAAGGAGUUCCUGGAGGGGCUGCGGGAGCUGACGAAGGAGGACGGCGCGCUGCUCGUGUUCGACGAGGUCAUGACCGGCUUCAGGAUAGCCUACGGGGGGGCGCAGGAGCACUUCGGCAUCACCCCCGACCUGACGACGAUGGGCAAGGUCAUCGGCGGCGGGCUGCCGGUGGGCGCGUACGGCGGGCGGCGGGAGAUCAUGGAGAUGGUGGCGCCCGCGGGGCCCAUGUACCAGGCGGGCACGCUCAGCGGCAACCCGCUCGCCAUGAUCUCGGGGAUCAAGACGCUCGAGCGGUUGCAACGGCCGGGCAGCUAUGAGCAGCUAGACAGGAUCACGGGCCGGUUGAUCAACGGGCUGCUGGACGCGGCCCGGGAGGCGGGUCACGACAUUUGCGGGGGCCACAUUUCGGGCAUGUUCGGCUUCUUCUUCUGCAAGGGCCCGGUCAACAACUUCCAGGACGCCAAGAAGAGCGACACCGCAAAGUUUGCCAAGUUCCACCGGGGCAUGCUCGAGAGGGGACACUACUUCGCGCCCUCACAAUACGAGGCCGGCUUCACGUCGCUGGCGCACACGGAAGCGGACGUCGAUGCCACGAUUGCUGCCGCAAAGGACUUGUUCAAGAGCCUCUAGGCUUUCCGUCGAAACGGUUCCGACCUUUCUAUAGACGUUCUGCGUUUGCAGACCAUUAAACUGCGUUGAAUAAAGCCUGAAAUUUGUUACUAAUUAUGUCUAGGUGGCUGGACACGAUUUUGUCGCAUCCGAGCCUGGCGGCUUACAAUUGUAUACUGGAUACGCACAACUUCUUCAUCAUGGUGGGGUACUUCACGAGUGCAUCCGACCGCAUUUUCAAGC